GCCUUUAAUAAUUUUUAUGGACGUGCAAUGUAAAAGCAGACAAAUUAGAGUUAAAUGCUUUCGAAGUCCAUCUGCUAUUUCGUAUAAAAACAAAUAGCAGAUGGGCACUACCGACCGUCGUUUUUACCGCCAUGAGCCCUUGGUUUUGGAUCUGUUUUUCGAGCCUUCUCCAGUUCGCCUACUCCGAGAAACGCAAUUUCCAAAUAGUCAUCGAUGAAAUCAAAAUGAGGAAUAUUGAUCCGGAGGUGUUCGAAAAGCUGGACUGCGAUUUGUGGCAAGUCAACAACCGGAGCUACUACAACUCGAGUCAGGUCUUCAAGAAUCCUGUCAACGACUUUUCCGUGCAUGCCAUUUUGGAUUUCUGGAAGCCCAAUAGUAAGAAGAUUCAGAUAUACGACGGCACCUUCGAUAUGUGCUACUUCCUGGAAAAUGUCCAGACCAAUAGACUCUUCAAAAUAUACGCCAAAGGUGUCAAAAAACAUUCGAGCGUCAUCUUCAAGUGCCCCUUUGAACCGAACGUGGACUACGCUUUGAAUAACAUGAGUUUCGAUGAGGAGGACUUUCCAAAGUUCAUACCUCUGGGGAAGUUUCGGUGCACCCUGGAGUACUUGAUAAACAAACAACUGAGCGCCAGGGCUUUCGUAACUGGGAAAGUUAUCGCCCGCUAACAUAUUGUGUUAACGGGCCAGAUUUUCAAUCAAAAUAAAACAAUGUGAGCAUUCUACUCGA